CGGAGUUUGUUCUGUUAUUGCUUGGAGGUUAUAAGUGUCUAGGUUAUGUGUAAACAAAAUUUAUACGUGUAGAGUCAUUUUUGUUAAACUAUUAUAUAUUAACUUGUUAUUUAAUUAUUACUUAAAUACAGUUCAUAGAGGAACUUAAUUCUGAUUUAUUGCACAAAUGCAUUUGUUUAUAUGUAUAAUCUAAACCUUUACAGAAUAUUUUUACGUUACUAUAACGUAGCCUACAUAUCAUUUAUACUAAAUUGAGGAAUUUGAAGGAUGAUAAAAUGCCAUCCGGGGUGGAGAGAUCCGGUGGGCGGGUGACAAUCAGUGGGUCGGUGCCAGUGUCUGAGAGACAACAGCUGGCACUGUUAAAGCAGUUAACAUCCCCAAAAUCAGAAAAUGGGAUGAAAAUGGGUUCGAGAGGGAGGCACCGCAAUGAGCGUGGAGAGACACCUCUUCAUAUUGCUGCCAUCAAGGGCGAUGAAGACCAGGUACGCCAGCUGCUGCAACGGGGCUCAGAUCCUAAUGUUCGAGACUUUGCAGGAUGGACACCGUUGCACGAGGCUUGUAACCAUGGAUGGCUGGGAGUGGCGAAACUCCUGUUGGAGGCUGGAGCCGACGUCAACGCUCGAGGACUGGACGACGAUACUCCUCUUCAUGACGCCGCCGUCAACGGCCACAGCAAGUUGGUUGUGUUGCUCGUGGACAACGGCGCCGAUAUACAUCAGAAGAACAAGCGGGGGAAGACGCCGCAAGAUGUCGCAGGAGUCGAUCUCACCCGCUUCCUAAAAUGCUGGGCCGCCUCAGUGGAAAACAAAGGGACGCCACGUGUAACUCUUCGGCUGCAUCAGUUGAAGGCUAGGGAGGAGAAGAAAGAUCGUGCCAAGGGAAAUGUUGAGGCCGAAAGUCAUGAAAGCAGCCCUGCCAAUGAAAACAGUAGUGGGAGACCGACUUCUCAUGUCAGUCCUCCUCCAGCCGAAGAAUCUACUUCCAAGGAAAGAGAAAUGACUUCAGUGAGUACACCCUCUGGUGUGAGUACAACAGAUAAAAUAGAGCGACCAGAAGCCUCGAGUGAACCUUCAAAAGAAUCAGAAUCUUCUUCUGCAGCUCCAGAGCCGCCUUUGGAAGAGACCAAGGAUCUCAAGCGUCACAGCACAGAGGAAGAUGAAGAAAACAAAAGAAAGAAACGUAAAGAUGAUUCCUCUGCUUCUCGAGUGAAGAGUGGGAGCAACAGUGGGGGCAGUCCGAAGUCUGCCACGGGGGAUAGCGAUGGCGAAGAAGGAACGAAAAAUGUUGAAAGCCCAGGACCCAAAGUACCACCAUUGAAAAUCGUAAUACCUUCAUUAGAAUCAGAACAAGGGGCGAGGAAUGGUAAAUGUGGUACUGCCAGGCAUCACUCGGCACUUCCGUAUGUUGUGGCGAGUGCAACCCCCACCACCAGUCCCCCACCAACAGAUGCUCCCACUACCACCACCACCCCUCCACCUAACACUCUGGAAUCUGAAAUGACUGAAGAGCAGCGAUCUCACUCCAGGGUACUUCGAAGCACUCACAGUAGGUCUGGAGGAAGCAGUGGCGCUCCUAGCGGUAGCUCUUCUCCAGUAGCUCCAGAGAAUCCAUCUCCAGGGCAUGUGUCUCCGGCCCCUUCCACAGAGGCAGCCCAGUCGGAAACCCCUGCCGAGGAGAAGCCUGUCGACCCCUCAGAGAAUCACCCCACUCCAGUGGAGCUGCACCCACGCAAACGCAAACUCAAGCCACGUGACACGCUGCCCACAAGUGAGUCCAGUGACACGGCCUCAACGAGCGCCCAAGUCAGCGUACACCCACAUGAGCAGCCCAUCACCAACUGCUACCAGCUCUUCCUCAACAUACGCAAACAGGUGGGACAUAAAAGGAACCUUGUUAACCCACAAUGGAUCCCUAAGAUGGCUGAUCAUCACAUAAAACCUGGGACUGACAAUACAGUGACAAGCUCAGCUCGACGUCACGUUCAGAUUGACAGAAGACGGAAAGGCUUGUUUCCGGUGCAACCAAAGCCUCCUCAGGGUUUCAAGGAUUAUUUGAUGAACCGCUGCACAUACGUCCUUGCAGGCAAUGCCAGCUCAAGACUUCCCGUGUCACAAGUGGCACCCCCUGCCUCCCUCCAGGGCCCCAUCAAAGAUCUCUUUGUGGAGCAGGAGAAAGAGCGGUUCAGGCUCCGGACACAGCAUGUAAUUGAGAAGGAAAAGCUGGUGUUGUCUGUUGAGCAAGAAAUUCUGAGAGUCCAUGGCCGUGCCGCCCGAGCGCUAGCUAAUCAGGCUCUUCCAUUUUCUGCCUGCACCAUACUGCGUGAUGAGGAAGUGUAUAGUGCUAUCACACCAGAGCAGGAGGAGAAGGAUCGCAACGCACGGUCACGAUAUAAUGGUCGGCUCUUUCUCAGUUGGUUGCAAGAUGUCGAUGAUAAAUGGGAAAAAAUUAAGGAGGCCAUGCUGCUGAGGCACCACAAUGAAGCAGAGAGCUUGUAUGCUGUGCAAAAAAUGGACUGGGAGUGGAAAAUGAAGGAGUUGGGGCUCUGUGAAUUCAAGGCCAAACCUGUCAUAGAGGACUCUCACGUCCCCAUGGUACACGUCAGUGACGACUUUGACCUCCUUCCUGCGUAGGUUCUGAAGAAAGAACACUGCAGCUAAAAUGUGAUAUUGAGCUUACUCCAAUAUAGAGACUGACUUUUCUAGGUUAAUCUUAAUGUAAAUAGUUAAUGUGAUGUUGAAUAAAUAUAUUAAUUAUA